UAUUUACUGAGCUAACAUCCAACUCCGUCAUUGUGUGAUUGCCUUAUACCUGUCUGUCCUGAAAUAUUAUAUAAUUCACUUCGAUCAUUUUGAAUCGCCAGUAGACAAAGGAUACCUUGCAUUAUGGCUGCAACUUCACGAGCUGCCAGAUCCUUUUUGCUUCGAGCUUCAAGAUCAACAUUACCUGCACUGGCAACUUCGAGCCGAGCGACUUGCAUUUCCCCAGCCUUCACUCACACAAACUUGAGCCCUGCCGGCUCGCUAUUGAUAAGACAUCUGUCGACGAUGAAGGCCCUCGUCUACGACGGUUCAAACUCAGUGUCAUUGAAGGAUAAACCUCUCCCCACCAUCUCAAAACCAACCGAUGUCAUCGUCAAAGUCACCAAGACAACAAUAUGUGGCACUGAUCUCCACAUUCGCAAGGGCGACGUAGCGACAUGCCAGCCAGGCACCACAUUGGGUCACGAAGGUGUAGGUAUCAUCCACUCAGCGGGAGCUUCGGUCACACGAUUCAAGGAAGGAGACCGAGUCCUCAUCUCAUGCAUCUCCAGCUGCGCGACGUGUGAAUACUGCCGCCGGGGCAUGUACAGUCAUUGCACGUCCGGUGGGUGGAUUCUCGGGAAUACCAUUGACGGCACCCAGGCCGAAUAUGUCCGCAUUCCCCACGCGGAAUCCAGUCUCCACCCGAUCCCGGACGGCGCCGAUGACUCCUCACUGGUGAUGUUAAGCGACAUCUUCCCGACUGGACUCGAAUGUGGUGUGCUGAACGGAAAGGUACAGCCGGGCGGUACUGUCGCUAUUGUCGGCUCAGGUCCGAUCGGUCUAGCGGCUAUUAUCACGGCUCAGAUGUACUCCCCGUCUCAGAUCAUUGCCAUCGAUAUGGACCCUAAGCGACUUGAUGUUGCAAGGCAAUUUGGCGCAACCGAGACUAUUGACAGCUCCAAGGCAGAUGCUGUCGCCAAGGUUAAAGAGUUGACGGAGGGCAAGGGCGCUGACUCGGUCAUUGAAGCGGUGGGAAUUCCCGCCACCUUUGAUCUCUGUCAGAGCCUGCUCGCACCUGGUGGUGUUCUAGCAAAUGUGGGAGUUCAUGGAACCAAGGUUGACCUUCACCUCCAAAAUCUUUGGGACAAGAAUAUCUCAAUCACCACUAGACUUGUGGACACAAUAACGACACCAAUGCUUUUGAAGCUUGUACAGUCUGGCAAAUUGCAACCUUCGCAACUUAUUACUCAUCACUUCAAGCUUGGUGACAUGGAGAAGGCGUAUGAUACCUUCGGAGAAGCGUCUAAACAUGGCGCUUUGAAGGUUGUGAUUGAUGUGGAUUGAGACUUCGGAAACCACAGGUUUCGCUCAACGUUGAUCCCGCGAAAAAGCCUACAUCCUGACAGAUUGAGAGCCUGAGGGAAGAUGCGGAGGUUCGAAUGUUGAUAACGGUUAUCUGACAAGAACAGAGCUGUUGUACAUGAUUAUUUGAACUAAUCUGGGGAAGAAGAUUCCCCUCACAAAUGGACGGGUACUGGAGUUAUACCCCGAUUGAAGUUGCCAAGCCUGUAAAAUAUCAAAAUAUCAAAGUAUACCAUCUGCACC